AAGGACAAAUACCAGACGCUCUGCAUACGAUUCGUCUUCCCCUUCAUCGCUGAGUGUUCUGAUCGUUCUGAUUAUUUUGAAACUCAUCAGUGUACAGUGGCUAUAUAGACGUGAUUGGUCGUUCUGGCGUGUGUCAGUCUGCGAUAGGUUUCUCACGUUUGUUGUUUGCACGUAGGUGAGUUUCAUAAAGCAGGAUAAAAGAUGAGAACCGUGAAGCGUUCGGAAAAUCGAAGUUAAGUGCAAAAAGGAAGGUGCCGGUGUGUUAGGGUGGUCGUUGAUUGUUAUGUGAAUUGUUCAGAUGUGUUAGCGAAGUAGGCGUAGAUGCGUGUGAGUGGUAGUUUGUGGAGUUAGAAUUCAAAUUCUGCAAGUGACGAUGCUGACUGGAAGGACGAAGCACAUUCUUCACUGCAUUCUACUUUUCACAGUAAUUGCUGUAUUUGAAAUUUUCACCGGAGGUGUUCGAUUAGGGAACAGCAGACUAGAAGAAUUUGAUCCAUGGGAUAGGUAUGGAUAUGUUGGAACCUUUGUGCUGUACUUGUUACGCCUCUUAACCUUCCUUCCACUACCGCAGGUGCUUUUCAACUUCGCAGGACUCACACUUUAUAGUGCAUUCCCCGAUAAAGUGACACUUAAGGGUUCACCAUUAUUGGCUCCAUUCCUCUGCAUCCGAAUAGUGACAAGGGGAGAUUAUCCUGAAUUAGUUCGUGUAAAUGUUGCUCGUAACAUGACCUGUUGCACUGAGGCUGGUCUAGAAAACUUUCUGAUUGAGGUUGUGACGGAUAAAGCUAUUGGUUUGACACCACAUAGGCGUGUCAGAGAGGUUGUGGUUCCUCCAUCUUACAGACCAAAGAGUGGGGCUCUGUUUAAGGCCCGAGCGCUUCAGUAUUGUUUGGAGGAUGGUGUGAACAUUCUAGCUGACACUGACUGGAUUGUGCAUCUUGAUGAGGAGACGUUACUGACUGAAAACUCUGUUAGGGGAAUCAUCAAUUUUGUGUUGGAUGGGAAACAUCAUUUUGGACAAGGUCUCAUCACUUACGCCAAUGAAGACGUAGUGAAUUGGGUUACAACACUUGCUGAUAGUUUCCGAGUGGCUGAUGACAUGGGCAAGCUACGAUUGCAGUUCUCCAUGUUCCACAAACCAUUGUUCAGCUGGAAAGGAUCCUAUGUUGUGACUCAGGUGGGAGCUGAAAGACAAGUGUCUUUUGACAAUGGGCUGGACGGAUCGGUUGCAGAGGACUGUUACUUUGCGAUGAGGGCCUAUACAGAGGGUUACUCGUUCAACUUCGUGGAGGGCGAGAUGUGGGAGAAGUCACCUUUCUCUCUUUGUGACUUUGUUCAGCAAAGGAAGCGAUGGUUACAAGGCAUCCUGCUCGUCGUGCACUCAAAAGCUAUUCCUUUCCGAUACAAGCUUCUCCUCGGCAUCUCAUGCUACUCCUGGGUCACCAUGCCCUUUUCUACGUCAAAUGUUGUAUUGGCUGCACUCUGCCCCAUACCUUGUCCCCCUCUGAUGGACUUUGUCUGCGCAUUCAUUGGUGCUGUCAAUAUCUACAUGUAUGUUUUCGGAGUCGUGAAAUCAUUCUCUCUGUAUCGAUUUGGUAUGCUUAGAUUCCUCUUAUGUAUAUGUGGAGCACUAUGUACAAUCCCUUUCAAUAUACUUAUUGAAAAUGUGGCGGUUAUAUGGGGACUUUUUGGUCACAAACAUCGGUUUUAUGUGGUAAACAAGGAGAAUAAACCGACUAUAGAGAAAUAUAUCGCCAUCAAUUCAUGCUAAGAAACAUCACAGAAGCCACGCCAGCCUGCUGUAAACUGUAAGAAUAAGUGGCCGUUGUCCAGAAGAAGGUUGUAACUUAUGGUGUAUUAUUUCUAUUCCAGCAAGUUACUUCGUCCACUGAUCUCAAUAAAAAAUGGAAGUAGACCACACCUUAUCACAGUAACAUCAGCUAAUAUAUGUCAAGAUAGUAAGCAUUUAACAUAGUACCGCAUGUGAUUAAGGAUAGUGAUCUUUCUGUGAUCGCAGCAUGCUUUACCUUAAGUGUCAUUAAUUCAAAAGAAGCAAUUCUGCCUAGCAUUUUAAUGAGAUGAUGUAUCACAAGAUGCAGUGCAUAGCCAUACACUUUGCUCCACAGAAAGUGUAUUGCAAGAUAACAUUGGAUGUUCGGUCCAGUUCUCGCAGAAACAAAAUCAAGGCUGGCGAGUCCAUACUUUCAAGUGCAGCACACUACAUCUCGGCACAUGAGAGAUCACAUUUUCAGUUUCAGACAGGUUAUGUCACCUUUCCAUCAUGUUCACAGUAGGAUUGUUACUGUUUGAUCCACAUCUGUUUGCUGCUCUUCAUACUCAAAUACAUGAAACUGUAUGCUAGUUUAGUAUUUCAAGAACCCGAGCCUCCAUAUGCCUCAUAUUGAGGCAGAUAUAGGUUUCUUGUCAUUUGUUUCUGCCAUCAUAAAUGAACAAUUACAGAUUCUUGUGUUAACUUGUUCUAAUGUACACUGUCCUUAUAAUUUUGAUACAAACUUAUGUAGCAUAUUUUGGGGGGUUAUUAUUCAUGUUUUAAAAUAAAACAAUAUUCUUGAUCGUUAA